UUAGUUCACUUGCUUCUUUUUAAAAACAAAAACCCAAAAUCAUCUUAAAACAUGCAGCUGGAACUAGUGUCCACCACAAAAUGCUUUGAGGGCGAACAGCGUGUCUACAAACAUCACUCCAAAGUCUUGGAUUGCGACAUGACCUUUGGUGUCUUUCUGCCAACGGCGGCUGUUGAGGAUAAAACCGAAUGCCCGGUUCUUUACUUUCUGAGCGGAUUGACAUGCACCCACGAGAACUUUGUGCAGAAGAGUGGCUUCCAGCAGACCGCUACCAAGCAUGGAGUUAUCGUGGUGAAUCCCGAUACAUCACCACGUGGAGUAGAACUGCCCGGCCAGGAUGAUGCCUAUGACUUUGGCAGCGGCGCUGGAUUCUAUGUUGAUGCUACCGAGAAGCCGUGGUCAAAGCACUACAAGAUGUACAGCUAUGUUACCCAGGAGCUGCCCGAACUGAUCAAUGCCAAUUUUCCGACAUUGCCUGGCAAGCGAGGCAUCUUUGGCCAUAGCAUGGGCGGACAUGGUGCAUUGAUUUGUGCCUUGAAAAAUCCCGGUCUCUAUCAGUCUGUCUCGGCGUUUGCACCAAUUGCAAAUCCCUCGGAAUGCCCCUGGGGACAGAAAGCCUUUGCCGGCUAUUUGGGCACCAACAAGGCCGACUGGCAACUGUGGGAUGCCACCAGCCUGGUCUCGAAAUAUGCCAGCACACCGCAGGAGCUGUUCAUCGACCAGGGAUCCGCCGACAACUUUCUGACCGGCAAACAACUGUUGCCAGAGAAUCUGUUGGCGGCCGCUGCUGGCAACGAUCACAUUCAGACCAUAUUCAAGCAGCGCGAGGGAUACGAUCACAGCUACUUCUACAUCGCCACUUUCGUUGCCGAACACAUCGAAUACCACGCCAAGUUGCUAAAGGCCUGAACUGAAAAAUCGAAGUUGUCGUCAAGUGUUGCGUGUUGCAUGUUGCAUGUCAAACAUACCCACACAUAAUUAUAUACGCAAAUAAAAUUUGUACAUUUGAGCAUA